UAAUUAGGUUUGUGUUUAAGUUCUAUAAACCUAUACUGUAAAAAGGACAAUUAAUACUUAAUAUGCUACCUCAGGAUAAACUACACCAAUAGUGUAAAUUAUUACAUUAUAAUAUAAAUUCAUUAGAACUAUAUCCUUUUAUUCUGUUACAUCUAUUAAUUUGGUCUGUGUUAAAGUGUCCAUGUGUUAUCCCCCUAUAUGUUUGAUAUUUGAACUUUUAUUUUGGUGCAGUGGUUUUCUUGAGGAAUUGGAAUCCCUUGGAAUCAAAUAAUCAACUAAGUCACUUUAAGUUGUUUCCAAAUUUUUAUUCAUUAAAAGUUCGUUAAAUCUUAAACAAAAUCUACAUUGAAAAAAUAGAUUGCUUUUCCAAAUAUAUACAUUUUGGAAAGUAUAAAAUAAAUAUGCAACAAAAGGACUUACAUUUAGAAAACAUUUCAAUAAGAAACCUUUUUUACGCUAUUAUUUUGACUUGUUAUAGCUAGUUACCUGCUUUAUUUUUCAGGGAAUUAUUUCCAUUUAUUAUAAACGAUUACAAUGUUAUUAUCUUUUUGCAUGAUGACCUGAUCGUAUAAAAAUCUUUUUACACUGUCAGCAAGACGAAUGGGUGGUUUGCCGAAUUUUCCAGAAGAGUGCAGGAAUGAAGAAGUACCCUACUAACCAUUCAAGGACAAUAGUUAAUCCCUACUCUUUGGAGAUUAAUCAAAAUGCAAUAUCCUCACAAAUGAUGAUGCAACCUGAUCAUGGCUUUCAAUUUGCAAUGGGAAGAAAUUACAUAAACCAUGCAUCUAAUUAUAUGAACAACUUUCCAAUUCAACACCAAAUGAAUUACAAUAUAGGAGGUAGUAGCAGUGGUGGCGGAGGAGGAGGAGGAGAUAAUUUUUUUACUAUUUCAGGCUUAAACUUGAAUCUUGGUGGUGGUGCCGCCGCCUCGUCUCAGCCAGUUUUAAGGCCAAUGCCGCCACCGCCGCCACCACCACAAGUUAUGAAUAUUCAACAUGAAGUGACUUCUUCUAUGUUGGAUAAUUGUGCAAUUACAAGUGAGGCAGGUUAUGGGGCAGAAAUGAAUAGUGCACAUUAUUGUGCUGAUUUGGACAACUAUUGGGCUACUUAUUGAUCAAUAAGGAAGAGGAGUUGUCAAAUUGUAAUGUGUUAAAUUAUGUUGUUUAGUAUUUGUGUUAGGAACUAAGUACUUUUUUCUACUUAAUUAGGAAACAAAGUUGUUACUAUAUGUUUAUUGAGGAGUGUUAGUAGUACACAUGGCAAAGCCAUCUUGCUAGAGUCUGAAUGAAUGACUUCAAAUUUGUAGCUUUUGUAGCUUUCUUGCAUAACCUUUAUAUUGUAAGAAUUGAAAUUAGUAGUUCUUGGCCUA